GGGGGCAGCUAAAGAAUUAUUUAAUUGCAAUGUUGUAUCUUAAGUUUUUAAGAUUAACUUUUCUAACAUUUGAAGUUAACACGUUAUAGUUAACGUUUUACCUCAUUAGGAGUGGCUACAAUGUCUUCAAUGUGUGAAGAAGAAAGUUGUGCUGUUAGUAGCGGCAAAAGAUUUGACGCAGGUUUAACAGUAGCGCAUGAAAUUGGUCACAGUUUAUCUAUGGAUCACGAUGGGAUCAGUAAUUCCUGCAAUUCAUCGAAAAAUAUCAUGUCACCAUCUGCAGGAGCAGGAAAAACGACUUGGUCCACUUGCAGUAAUUCUUAUCUGAAGAUGUUUUUAAAAACACCACAAGCUUCUUGCUUAUACAAAAAUAUUUCCAGCAAACAAUAUAACUUAACGUUGGAUAAUAAGUUACCAGGUGAAAAGUAUCCACCUGAUGUACAAUGCGAAUUGUUUUAUGGGAAGCAAUACAAAGCAUAUUAUGGCGAAUCAGAAAUAUUAGAGUAUCGUUGUAAAUGGUAA